GCCAUGAGCUAAUAGCACUAGAGAGCUAACGUCAGAGAACUAACGUAGGAUAACUAACUGAAGAUAAUGUUCGUAAGAGAACUAACGUAGGAUAACUAACUGAAGAUAAUGUUCGUAAGAGAACUAACGUAGGAUAACUAACUGAAGAUAAUGUUCGUAAGAGAACUAACGUAGGAGAGCUCAUAACAUAGGAGCGCUAACGUAAGAUAAUUAGCGCAAGAGAACUAACGUAGGAGAGCUCAUAACAUAGGAGGGCUAACGUCAGAGAACUAACGUAGGAGAGCUCAUAACAGAGGAGGUCUAACGUCAGAGAACAAACGUAGGAGAGCUAGUAGCACUAGUGCUAACGUAUGAGAGCCAAUAACACAGGAGAGCUAAUAGCACUAGUGCUAACGUAAGAUAAUUAGCGCAAGAGAACUAACGUAGGAGAGCUCAUAACACAGGAGAGUUAACGUGUAAGAACGAAUGUAAUGUAGGAGAGCUAAUAGCACUGGAGAGUUAACGUCAGAGAACUAACGUAAGAUAAUUAGCGUAAGAGAACUAACGUAUGAGAGCUAAUAACACAUGAGAGCUAACGUCAGAGUUGGCAAUAAAACCCAUGGAGGGAAGAUUGGAGUCUGUGCAGGAGCUGAAGACACAGCUGGAGGAGACAGAUGUGACCCUGGGGCAGAAGAUCAAGCUGCUCAACAGCGCCAUCAACCGCGCUCUGCACACAGACACCGUCGCUCUGACUCGUGUGACGUCUGAGUUGUAUCACAGCGGCGUCCUCCGUCACUGUGUCCAGGACGUCCUCUCUCUGGACGGUAGAAGACUGCAAGGACACUGGAGCUCCGCCUCCACGCUCGCACAGCUCACCAGCUCGUGCUGUGCUGCUGUUGACCCUGGUGACCACUGGGAGGCGUUUCACACGCUCUUCCUGCCGUCAGUCAUAGACGGCCUCCUGUCAUUGGCUGCUCAGAUGAUGAUGAUGAGGACGACGUCUCAGGGGUCAGAGGGUGUGUCCAUGUUCAGGACGGUGAUGGACUCAGUGAGUCAGCUGCUCACGGCUCAUGCUCAGCUCACCUCACAGGUCCUCAGCUGUGUUCACUACGAGCACAUCCAGAUGUGUGAUGAUGUCACUGUGUCCCUGAUGUGCAUUAACAUGUGGCUUCAAACCUGCAGUGUCAGCAGGAACUUCCUGUCGAGCCUGAGUGAUGACUCCAUCCUGUUGCUCCUCAACGAGGCUGUCGGCCACUUAGCCGUCAGUGCGGACUCUGCAGUGGGCGGAGCCUCUGUCAGACUCCUCCUCCUCAUGUCCAGUCAGCUGCAUGUGUUGCCCCUCCUCCUCAGCUUCAGAGGUCUGGACAAUCUGCUGGACAAAGACUGGAGGGGGCGGGGCUUUGACCAGGAUGUAGAUCAGCUGAUAAAGCUCAUGGAGUCACACAGAGGCAGGAUCAGUCCCUCUCAGGAGAGCAGCGAGCGUGUGCGCGCAGCGUGCGUGAUCCAGGCGGCAUGGCGCUCGCAUCAGACCAGACGCAGAGUGAAGAGCCUGAGUCGAGCGGUGAGCUCGCUGCAGAGGAGCUUCAGGGCUCGGAGGAGGCAGCAGCAGCAGCAGGAGGAGGCACAGAAGUGGGAGGAGGAGCUUAAGUACCAGGUGUGUUUGCGGCGUAAGCAGGCGCGGAGGGCGUUCCACGAGAAGCAGAGAAAACUACUGCAACUGCUGCCCCCUGGUCAGGUGCAGUCGUACCUGUCAGAGUGUGAGCGUUGUGCGGCCGUGAGGAUCCAGAGUUUGUGGCGAGGCUUCAGAGAUCGUCGUCUCUUCACCAACACGUACAGACGCUCGCUGAGGGAGCGACGCGCUGCCACAACCCUGCAGAGAGCUGUGCGUCGCUUCCUGCAGAGACGGCGAGUAGCCAAAGCCCCGCCCACCACAGCUCUCUGGCUCGGCCACAGAGGUUUGACGGACAGCAGUAGGGCGGAGCUAAAGGCACAGGUGGAGGAGUACGUCGCCGCCCAUCCUUCGUCCUGCGUGUCCCGAGAGGAGUGUGAGCGCCUCCAUGUGGACGUGCAGCUGCUACUGCAGACGGAGCUUCAGAGAGAAGGCGAGAGGAGGAGGGAGGAGCAAAGGAGGGAGGCUCUGCUCGCUCACACACACACACUGCUGGAGCAACUGAGAGAGGCUCCACCCCUCUCUGUUGUCACGGCAACAGUAGCAGACUCCUUCCUCAGUCCGUCAGGCAUCAUCGCCGCCCGUGCCCGUGACUCCCACAAUGCCUUGCUGCAGGAGACUCGCCUGCCGUGGUGGAGGACGCUGGGAGAGGCGGAGGACACGCUCGGCCCCACCCUGCCGCUGGUGGAGCUGGAGGCGGAGCUCGGAGGACUGUUUGUGGGCGGGACAGUGUGACUGACAGGAUGUGAUUAUUGAUCACUGCUGUUUGUUUAUGUUG